AUGAAGCGCCGCGCGCCCGCCGAGACCCUGGACGGCCUGGAGGCACUCUCAGCGCUCUAUAACUGCUACGUACGAGUAGAACUCUCCAACCGGCCAGGAGUCGGUCCAGUAGUUGAUUGCAAGCCGGGUCACAAGCGGGUGCAGCGGCGACAUGUAGAGCGGCGCGGCAGUCCAGCAGCGUGGAUGGCGCGCGCAUGCGUGGCGCUGCUGGCCGCGCUCGCCGCCGCCGCCGGGCCGCCGACCACGCGCGCGCCCACCGCGCCCGACGCGCCCGACGCGCCCGACGCGCCCGACGCGCUGGAACUGGCCGAGGUGGCGGAGGUGCCGGCGUGGCGCGAGCUCUGGUACGGCUCGCUGGAGGCGCUGCACCGCGAGCCCAGCAUCAAUAACACGCAGGAGGACGUGCUCGUGCAGCUCGGCGCGGUCGCCUUCCUGCACUGUCCAGUGCGCAACCUCGGCGAGCGUGGCGUGUCGUGGGUGCGCCGCCGCGACUGGCACAUCAUCAGCUCCGGGAUGCUCAUGUACACUAACGAUGAACGCUUCCAGGUGCUGCACAGUGAGGGCUCCGACGACUGGAUCCUGCAGAUUAAGUACGUGCAGAAGAGAGACAACGGUACCUAUGAGUGCCAGGUGUCGACGGGCGGCGGCACGCUGUCGCGGCUUGUCCACCUGCACAUUGCGGUGCCGGAGGCUUUUAUCCUCGGGGCCGACGAGCACCACGUGGACGCCGGCUCCACCAUCAACCUGGUCUGCAUCAUUGAGAAGAGCCCGGUGCCGCCGCAGUACGUGUUCUGGUACCACAACGCGCGCAUGAUCAACUACGACGCAGCACGCGGCGUCACCGUGCUCACGGAGCCGGGGCCCAAGACGCAGUCGGCGCUGGCCAUCCGCUCGGCGGGCCCGCAGCACUCGGGCAACUACACGUGCUGCGCCGCCAACACCGAGCCCGCACACAUCUUCGUCUACGUGUCGGAAGGCAGCGACACCAUGGCGGCCACGCUGAGCCGCAGCAAGGCGCGCGCGCCCCCCGCCGCGCCCCCGCCCGCCCGCGCCCCGCUGCUGCUGGCGCUUGCCGCCGUACUCUCCGCAGUCUCCGCUCACAGAUUCACUUGUGCCAGUUCUCUGUGAAACUUGCAGAAUGUUGAUUGGUCACGGUACACCAGUACUACUCAAACUGAAUUUAAAUUAGAACAAUUUGAUUGGGCCCUCUUUCAUAUUUAUUGGAAGUAUAAGUGGCAGUCUCGUUACUCUAAUAUCUGCAGUCCGACCACAGACAGUCCGACUAGUGUCGCGAGGCACGACAAAGAGUUGUUCACGCGCUGUGUUUGGUUAGUCGAUUUGGCUACUUGAACGUUGUCUGACAUGAAUAAUUAUGUAGGUAUUUUGAAACUUGCUAAAUGUGUCCUUAUCCACCACCACAACUAAUUUUUUUUCAUAAAUGCGUUAGGCAUACAUAUCUAAUUAUCUAUUAACUAGUUCUACCCCCGACCCCCGGUGACUGCAAUGAAUCACACUGCGCAAGCGUUGUUUCAUGGCUCUUCGUUUAAAAUUGAAAUUUAAAAUGUAUUGGUUUACGUUCAAACCAUGUCUAGCCUAUGCCUAUUUUUAUAAGUUGUCAAAGUCAAAAUCAUUUAUUUCAAUUUUUAAACGUCAACUUCAAAAGUGAAGCUAGUUUCUUUUCCAAUGAGUAGAUCCUUUGGAGAAGAACUCCAUAGAUUCCUCCUUUUCAAUAAGGUUUACGAUGGUAUUUCAACAUUUGUCAAAUAGCCAAAUUGAUAGAAAGAGAGAAAUGCAGCGAUGCACCACGGCGUGUUCACCUCGUUACAGUCAAACUACAUCUAGAAACAUCCGUGUAGACUGGGUCGCGGCACUAAUGCAAUAUAUCAAUAACUUGUGGUUCGAUUCUCUCCGGAGCGAUGGCGUGGAUGGUGCUGCCAUUAAAUGGCCGCCAAUAGCCCCUAGUAUUGUACAUAUUUUAUUACUCCCAGCGAUAUCUUCUUGUAAAUAUCACAAGGUAAUGACGUUCAAAUAAAAAAUAUCCGAGCGAGUCCGCAAGUACCUAAGAUUUCUUAUUUUCAUUCAUGGCGGGUUUAUUCUCGUGGUUCCCGCAUAAUGUAGCCAAGCUCGUAAUACCACUUCAACGAAUGGCCAACGAGAGCUUCACAAGUGUAGUGUGUACAAGUGUCUGUCAGUCUGUGCGACGACUCAUCGACAUGUUUACUGGACACUCGGGGGCAAGGGAUCGGACUAUCGGAGCUAGUGCGCUAUAUCUUGCGAUUGGCUAAACCGACUUUGAUGCGGUUUUCAGAAGUGUUUGUUGCACAUAGAAGAAGAUUGAGUUGGUAUAUCUAAACGUAUCUAGAUUCUAAAAUAAUGAAGUACCUAUUGAAGUUACAAAGAGUUCUGUAAAACGACGGCAGUCCAUUUGUUUGCUCCCGAGUAUAUCAGUAAGAGCCGACCUGUCAGGUCGUCACUUAUACACUAACACACUACGUUACUUCCAUGUGAUCGUUUCUUUGAACUGAAUUUCCAAUGGGAAAUUGGUGAACAAACCAACAUUUGUCCUAACUUUUGAAUAAUUCUGGAUUAAAAGUUUAGGAAACGAUCUCCCUUGUUCAGUUUGAUUCUUACUUCCAGAGACACCCAAUGUGCAACAUAAACAAAGGUUAAAAGUCAAAAAGAAUUUAUUUUAACAUAACGGUACUCGGGUACCGGUACUCUUGAAACGACAAACAAUAUACUUGUGUACCUUUCAUUUAUUUGUACAUUGAAUGGAGACACUCCAUCGGUAAUACAAGUGUCUGCAGUUCUGCACGCGGUACCAGCUUGCGCGAGCAAGUAGGUUGUAACCCAAGAUUUCGCAAAACAUUGUAAAUAUUGAAGAACAGUUCGGUUCUUGACUUCCAUUAAAUAGUAAC